ACAAUAUGGAUACAAGGUCAAAUACAAAAAAAUUAUGCAAAGCACUAAACUACGUUUGUAGAUUAGUGUCCCAAUUUGACAAUCUGGUUGUUCCUAUCGUUGGUCAUUUUAGUGCUUUGUGUGUGUAUAUAAAUAUAUUGUCAUUAGUUCAACGAUCAAAUAUGUUCCUAUACUCUCGACGCCUAAGUGUGAUAGAUAAGAGAAAAACAGACCUGUAGAAUGCUGACGUUCCAAAUUUGUUGUAUUACCAUAUUGAUAGUGCAUGUAUUGAAAGCGGAGCAAAAUGUUUCCCAGCAAAAGGAUAGCCAUGACUGUUCCCAUGAGGAGUUGCACCGCAGUGACCCUCUGUUAUUAAACGACCCCUCCCUGUAUGAUCGGAGACUGCAACAGCUGGAGAGUCAAGUACAGAGCUUGACCAGCAAACUCCACCUAGCGGAGACAACAAUCAGUCAGCUCUCUCAAUCCAACAAAGGUCAAAUGACAUAUGUGAGAUGGGGGACUCACGGGUGCAAAGCCAAUGCCACCUUGGUAUAUUCAGGUCAAAUUGGUGGAUCCGCCUAUUCUCAGACAGGAAACGGGGCUAAUCCUCUCUGCAUGGUGCAUGAAGUCCUUUGGGGUACCUAUCAACCGAACAAAAACAUGGCAGAGAUUUGGGACGCAGAGUAUCAGGAUGAUUUUUGGGGUCCCGGGACAUUGGAUCAAGACGUUCCUUGUGCCGUGUGCUCGCCAAAACAGGGAACUAGUGUGUUAAUGAUCCCGGGACGAAAUCGAUGUGUUUCUGGUUGGACUGAACAAUACCACGGCUAUCUUUCUGUUAAUCUCGUAGGUCAUCCUCAAGCUACCACAUAUGUGUGUGUUGAUGAAAAUGUUGAAUUGAUAGAUGCAGGCGCAAAUGAUGUGAAUGGUUUCCUAAUGUAUGGCGUGCGCGGGCACUGCGGAAGUUUAAAAUGCCCGCCAUACAUAGAAGGGAAGCCAAUAACUUGUGUUGUCUGUUCUAUUUGACACUGAAUGAAAUAUACUAUGGUUAUAUUUUGUA